CAUUUCUUUUUAAAAUUUCAUUUAAAUUAUUAAAUAUUUGUCUAAUCUAUAUUUUAAUAGAUUUUAUAUUUGUUUAUAGUAAUUUUUUAUAAUUUUGUCUUCUUUAUUUUUAUUAUAUAAUAAUAAAUUUGUGUACUAAUUAAUUUGUGCAAACUUCUACUCAAUAAAUUUAAUCAUAUUGUGAUUAUAUAUUUGCUAAGGUUAUUUAUUUACAAUUUUAACUUAUUAAUUAAAUAUUAUAUGAAAAAUGUAAUAGACAUUACGUUUUUCAUUCUACAUAUUUUUAAAUAAUGCAUAAAUAUUAAAUUAUAAUCACACAAAUAUUAAAAAAUAAUUAUGUAUUUAAAUUGACUUAUAAUUGUUUUUAAAAUAAAAUAUUGUUGGGCUUCUUUGACUUUAAGUUUUUAAAUUAUUGGGCUGUUUUGUUUAGUUGGACAGAAGUAAAUGUGUUGGGCUUUUAAUUUCUGAAAACCAUUAAAAGCAAUUGAAAAAAGAAAUGAAAUGUUUUGUAAUUAAUAAGAAAAUUCAGGGGCAGAUUCAUAAGAAGGAUUCUGCUUUAAUAGUAUAGAUAACAUAGAUGAUGUACGCAUAUAAACAUUUGUAUUAAACAAGUGCGAAUGUAGCAUAUGUCAGUAAAUAACUUUGUUUUUCAAAAAUAAAUCAGAUGAAAUGUUGUUUCAAAAUCUUUGGAUCUGUUAUACGGUCAAUUAAAUCUCAAAGGAUUUGUAUUUCAAAUUCCAUGUACCAAAACGGACAUUAUCAAGCCUUUUAUUACCACAUUAAUUGAAAAAAUGUAGUCACUCAAACAAUUUAAAUCAUAAAUUUAUUUUUUCGUUUAUAGGCUGUGAAACGUUAAAGAGUUUAAACCGAAACCUUCUUGACUUUUCAUUCACUCUAUACCUUAAUUCUCGGCUUAUCUCUUUCAAAUUCUCUCAACCCUUCGACUAGAUCCUCCAAAACAAAGAAAGCUUUGUCGAUCUUCCUCUCACGUGGAUUCCCUUUUAAAAGUAAGUUUAUAUAAUUGAUAAUUAUGUUAUAUUAAUGUAGAUACAAUAUUUACACUACAUGAUACAAAGUAAUCGAUACACUUUAUGUUGGUCUACUUUGAAUAUAGAAGACAAAAAUUCAACCACGUGCAUGGCAAAUGGAGGGGGCAACGGCGGUGGUGGAAACAAUAACAACAGUGGAGGUGGAAACGGCGGUGGCGGAAACAAUAACAGUGGAGGGGGUAACGGUGGUGGCGGAAACAAUAACAACAGAGGAGGAGGUAACGGCGGUGGUGGAAACAGUAACAAUAGUGGAGGGGGCAAUAGGACGGUGGAGUUACAGCCCCACCCGGUGAAAGAACAACUCCCUGGAAUUCAGUAUUGUGUCAACAGUCCUCCUCCUUGGUAUGAAGCGUUAGUGUUGGGUUUCCAGCAUUAUUUGUUGAGUCUUGGCAUCACGGUUCUUAUUCCAAGCCUUUUGGUUCCACACAUGGGAGGUGGUGAUGCAGAGAAGGCUAGAGUUAUACAGACAAUGCUAUUUGUGUCUGGAUUAACAACAUUGUUCCAGUCUUUCUUUGGAACUCGAUUGCCUGUGAUAGCUGCUCCUUCUUAUGCAUAUAUCAUACCUAUCACUUCCAUCAUUUCCUCAACUCGCUUCGCUUACUACACUGAUCCUUUUGAAAGAUUUGUGGAAACAUUGAGAAGCAUACAAGGGGCUCUGAUUAUCGCCGGCUGUUUCCAAGUUCUUGUAUGUUUCUUAGGCCUAUGGAGAAACAUCGCCAGAUUUCUAAGCCCACUCUCAAUUGCUCCUUUGACAACGUUUGCUGGACUAGGACUCUACCAAAUUGGCUUCCCUUGGUUGGCGAGAUGCGUUGAAGUGGGACUUCCCGGGUUGAUCUUACUUGUUUUAGUCACCCAGUACUUACCGCGCUUUCUGAAGAUGAAGGUGAUUUGGGAUGGAUCAAGAUGUGACCGUUAUGGGAUGAUGAUGUGCAUUCCAUUGGCUUGGUUGUUAGCUCUGUUACUCACAUCGAGUGGUGUAUACAACCAUAAGUCUCAAACUACUCAAAUCAGUUGCCGUACAGACCGUAAUGGUCUUAUCACCAACACUCCAUGGAUAUACUUACCAUAUCCUUUCCAAUGGGGAAGCCCAACCUUCCAUUUCACUGAUUCUUUCGCGAUGAUGGCUGCCUCUUUCGUCACUCUAUUUGAGUCGACCGGUUUGUUCUACGCAUCUGCAAGAUAUGGAAGUGCGACGCCGAUCCCACCAUCAGUUAUCAGCCGUGGUACUGGCUGGCUGGGAGUUGGAGUAUUACUCAACGGCAUGCUUGGAGGCGUCUCAGGGAUCACAACAUCAACAGAAAAUGUUGGACUUUUGGCAAUGACUAAGAUUGGGAGUCGAAGAGUGAUACAAAUUUCAGCUGCCUUCAUGAUUUUUUUCUCCAUUUUCGGAAAAUUUGGAGCUUUUUUCGCGUCCAUACCGUUACCAAUCAUGGCGUCCGUGUACUGCAUCGUCUUGUGUUUUGUGUGUUCUGCGGGCAUCAGCUUUCUACAAUUUUGCAACCUCAACAGCUUCAACACCAAGUUCAUUUUGGGAUUUUCAUUUUUCAUGGCUAUUUCAAUCCCUCAAUACUUUAGAGAAUACUACAACGGAGGUUGGCGGUCUGAUCAUCACUCAAGUUGGUUUGUAGAUGUGAUAAGAGUGAUAUUCAUGUCACAUACAACGGUUGCGGGAAUGAUAGCAAUAGUGCUUGAUUGCACAUUGUCUCGUGAGAGCGAUGAAGCCAAGAAAGAUUGUGGACUAAAAUGGUGGGAGAAGUUUCGACUAUACAAUCUUGAUGUCCGAAACGAUGAGUUUUAUGGUCUACCUUGCUGCCUCAACAAAUUUUUCCCUUCUCAUUGAAAACCAUCAUAAACUAUAUUUAUUUGUAGUCAUUUGCCUUUUAGAAUAUUUUUAUUUCUUCUCAUGCCUCCCUAGAAUUUUAUAGCGUUUGUUGAAUUUUUCUUAAAUUUUAUUUAGCUGGUUACAUAUUUAUCUUCAAUUUUUAUAUGCUAUAAUAGUUUGUUUUACUAAACAAUGUUCGAACAUAGUUAAGUCAAACUCAAUUUUUUUGGUAACAUCUUAACUUUAUUAAACUCAAUUUAUAAAUUCUAUUAAACUCAACAAUUUCAGUUCAAAUAAAAUAAACGUGUUUAUUUCUAAAAAAAUAAAAACAAAACAAGUAUAUAAUAUAAACAAACAUUUUUAUUUUUAUUAGCUUAAAAUUUUACAAAAAUAAUUUUCGCGCGUAAUAAAAACACACACAUUUUUUUAAAUUGGAGAACAUAGAUUGGGCUUUGAACAAAACAAAACAUAGAUUAGACAGGUUUCGUUGGAGGGUGAAAAGUUGUUGGUUCAUUUUAUAUAGGCUCAAUGGGCUUUUAGGGUUUUAGAACGGUAUUAUCAUUAGCAGAACAGACGCGGAAGAAUAGGCGCGUAACGGCUGAUUAUUUUAUUUAACUUCAAAUUAGAAAAAGGAAAUUUACUGAAACGGACCAGACGUCAAAGUGUCAGAUAUCACUCUGACACUCUCAAAUAAUCUGACAACUGUUCAAAUCGUUAGUUUUCUUUUCUUUUAUUUAUUUUCUUAUUUCUGAUAUAGAAAAUUCGAACAAGAUCAUAGAAUCCCGCUCCUCCUCCUCCUCCUCCUAUUUCAACAACUCUCUUAGCCAUUGGGGAUUCGCAAUUUCGUGUUUCAUGAUCUGAAGGUAUCUUCACUUCUCCACGUUGUCUGAAGUUUAUGGAUCUGUUAGAUUGUUCUGUUUCAUGAUUGGUCUGUCUAUGUUUUCAGACAGUGAUCGCUCUCCUGCUUUCUCUUUUCUUCUUGUUAUUUUCGUGGAAAUGUUAAGAAAUACAAUGAUCAAUAGGUUUGGUUACUUAUGGUACUUAUGUCCAAGGAUGAAGAACAUAGACUUCAUUAUAAUAAUCUAAUUUCUCAGUUUAAGUUUUUUUUAAUUAUGUUUACGUUCUGCAGGCUUGGCAAACCUGUUGAGAGUUUUUUUAAUUAUAAAACCAUGAACAGAGGUUCUUCAAGGCAACCUAAAGCUAACAAAGAAACAAUCUCUACUGCGAAAACACGACAAGGGAAUGUGAGAGUCACGAGAUCACGAGCUAAGGCCUUAGGAACAUCGAUAUCUCCAUCGAAACCCGUUUUUAAACAGCAACCAAAGCUUAAAAAGAGAAUGGCAUCAGAUGAUACAAGAGUUUGUCAGCAUAAGAGACGUGCGGUGCUCAAGGAUGUGACUAACACUUUGGCCUGUUUGGAUGGGAACAAUGUUAAGGUAACCCAUUCCUUAGAAGUACCUUCUUAUUGAUAUAUAGUGAUGUGAUACGUAUAACCAUCCAAGAAUCUAGAGAGGUUUUGGCGUUUUGAACUGCGUUCUUGCUCUUCAACGUGUGACAGGCUAGCAAGAGCGAACAAGAUGUGGAUGCCGAAAAAUCGAAACUAGCAGAAGAUUUGUCAAAGAUUAGGAUGGUUGAAUCUGCUACAAACUCCAAAGACGGAGAUCAAAGUAAGGAAUUGAACUAAUGAAAUAAAAAAAUGC